UGCGGCGCCGCCGUUGGAAGAGGGAGCGGGAGGGGGAGCGGAGCGCGGCCAUGGGCCCCCUGCUGUACUACGCGCUGCCGGCACUGGGCGGCUACAUCCUGCUGUCCAUCUUCUUCCUGCGGCGGCCUCACUUGCUGCACGCGCCCCGGGCUCCCACCUUCUGUCCCCGCCUGGCAGCCCACCGAGGAGGGUCUGGAGAGCGGCUGGAGAGCACCAUGGAGGCCAUGGAGAACUCCGUGGCCCAGCGAGCUGACCUGCUGGAGCUGGACUGCCAGCUGACACGGGACGGCGUGGUGGUGGUGUCCCACGACGAGAACCUGUCCCGCCAGUCGGGCCUGAACAGGGAUGUGGGCAGCUUGGACUUUGAGGACCUGCCCCUCUACAAAGAGAAACUGGAGGUUUAUUUCUCGCCAGGCCACUUUGCCCAGGGGUCAGACCGGCACAUGGUGCGCCUGGAGGACGUGUUCCAGAGGUUCCCGAAGAUGCCCAUGAGUGUGGAGGUCAAAGCCGAGAACCAGGAGCUCAUUCAGAAGAUAGCAGGCCUGGCGAGGCGCUUCGAGCGCAGUGAGAUCACCAUCUGGGCCUCGGAGAAGAGCUCCAUCAUGAAGAAGUGCAGGGCCGCCAACCCCGAGAUGCCGAGGUCCUUCACGAUGAGCCGCGGGCUCUGGAUGCUGCUGCUCUAUUACCUGGGGCUGCUGCCCUUCGUCCCCAUUCCCGAGCGGUUCUUCCUGUGCUUCCUGCCCACCAUCAUCAACAGGACCUACUUCCCGUUUUCCUGCUCUGGCCUGAACCAGCUGGCCGCCGUGGUUUGCAAAUGGGCCAUCAUGAGGAGAAGCCUGAUCCGACAUCUGGAGGAGCGAGGAGUGCAGGUGCUGUUCUGGUGCCUUAAUGAUGAGUCGGAUUUUGAAACAGCCUUCAGCCUGGGGGCCACUGGCGUUAUAACCGAUUACCCCACAGCUCUGAGACGCUACUUGGACAAUCAUGGACCCCAGGCUCCGGCCUCCUGAGUCCAGACCC